AAGAACUUUACACCGGAACUACGACUUCAAAAAUGCGAAAAUCUUCUUUUUUAGGUGGUUUGACGAUGUAAUGUUCUUAAGGAUUCGGUAACACAGGUACUAAUCUACCUAAAGAUUACCAUUCUAUAACAUUCUGAGSUUAUUAGAGUGAUUUUUUAAGUGAAAAUGGCGAGCGAGUCGUCAGCCAUUAGUCGAUCGCAAGAGUAUAUGAGUUUUAGAAGUACUGUUCCAUUACGUCGGGUGAUUGUAGACUCUGCUGGUGAAAAAGAGUGGCUAUUUUACGAUGCAGGACCUAAGUCAGUGCGUUCACCACUGAUCUGUCUGCCGCCAGCGAGUGGAACAUGUGAUGUAUUCUUUAAACAACUUUUAACACUGUCAAGCCUGGGAUAUAGAGUGAUCUCACUUGAGUACCCUAUUUACUGGACAUACCAAGAAUGGACAGAUGGACUGAAAAAACUAUUGGACUAUUUGCAUCUUGAUAAGGUUCAUCUGUUUGGUGCRUCUUUGGGUGGCUACCUUGCACAAAAGUUCUGUGAGAUGACAGCAAAUAAUCCUCGUGUACAAUCAAUUGUCCUMUGYAACUCAUUUGCAGAUACUUCAGUUUUCCAACAGACUGCAUCAUCAUCAGCGUUUUGGUUCAUGCCGUCAUUUCUCCUCAAAAAGAUGAUCAUGAGCAAUUUYAAUGUUAAUAUAGUAGAUGAAGACAUAGCUGAUUCAAUUGACUUUAUGGUAGAAAGGUUGGAAGGUAUGGGAAGAAGUGAACUUGCAUCAAGGCUUACUCUGAACUGUGUGGACUCAUAUAUUGAACCUCAAAAACUACAAAACAUUGSCAUCACAAUUAUAGAUGUUUUUGAUGACUGUGCCUUGUCUCAGCCAGUCAAAGACGAACUUUACAAGUGCUAUCCCCAUGCUAAACGAGCACAUCUCAAAUCUGGAGGGAACUUUCCUUAUUUGUGUCGUAGUACAGACGUUAAUCUUUACUUGCAGAUACAUCUGCGGCAAUUUAUGGGAACACGUUACAGUGCAAUUGACAGUGAACUCUUAACUAAUGAAGACAAGAUAGCCUGUGGGAUGUUAUCACUACAAGAACCUUCAACCAGUAAAGGRAAUGAUUUAAGUUCUUUACUAGAAGGCAAUGACGAGGUAGUUGAUUUGCAGAGAUAAAGAAGUGUGCUCACAUUUUUGUGUGUAGUACAUAAUGUAUCUUUGAAWCAAACUAAAAUUUCAUUGCAUAYAUUAUCCAGCUUUACUGCCAAAACUACUUGCUKGUGGCUUUUUGGCUGUCAAUCUAUAAUAUUGGGUUUYUGGAGUAGUUUGAUCAGCUAUUAGUAUCCAACAACAUGCAAGGGUGCAACUGKUAUACCAUGAUUGCACUUUCUGGUUCCUAGGUUGAGAAGGAGAUUUCUAGUAAAAUUAAAACUAUGUUUAUACAUUAAUGAUAGUUAAUGAUAAUUUGAAAUAUAUUGAUACAAGUGCUGCAAAAACAUUGUCAAACAGAAAUACGACAUUUGCUAUUCAUUCUGAUGUAUGACUUUUGCACCUAAAAAUACAAUGYUCAAUUUUUGUAUGGCAUUCUUGCAUUAGUGGUGAACAAUGAAGUUAGCAAACUAUUUGUCUGUUUGAUAUGUAAGUCCACAUUAGAUUCAUUGUUUUUGGGAUAGAAACUAAAACGCACUGGUAGAUGAACUACCCAACCUGUAUUAUUUGUCAUAGUAAUGUUUUUGAUUACYCCCMAAAAAKAUUCAUCUUUUGAACUUAUCAAAAGGUUUUAAAUAUUUGUCCURCACAGAUACUUUGUUCCAAACAAAUGUCCUCUGAAAGAGGUAACUCUAAGAAUAUUUCUUGUAGAAAGAWAAUCAAAAGAUUGAAUUUUAGAGUGUUCUGCAGAUUGUAGUACCAYAMCCURUAAAUGAAAAAAAAUGSAUAGUUUUGUAAUCUUUUGUAAUAAAAAUCAGAGCACAUUGAAGUAAAAUAUAGCAUUUUUUAACAAAAAUGACUGUAUCAGUGUCACUUAUUAUUGUCUUGUGUGUGGAGAUGUCAAAAUCUCCUAAUGUACAUGGAAUACAGAUGUACUAAUU